AUGGCGACCGCCAACGAAUCUUUCCAUUCCCAGUCGUGGGGCGCCCUCGACAGCCUCCAGGCCAUCCCGAGCCCCCUGGAGAAGCCUCUCCCGUACUUCAUCACGGUUUUCCUUUUGUUCGUCUUUUACGUCUCCGUUCAGCAAGAAAAGCCGAGGCCGGCGUCGAACGUGGAGGUGUUGCAACCGAGAAGCAAAUGGGAUUUCACAGGGCUCAAGGUCAAAUAUGACUUCGCCGUCUACGGUCGCGCGGUUCUCAUCUGGAGGGCCAGGCAGGAGCCGGACGAGGCGUAUCAGGUUAUCACGGAAACUGGCGAAAUGACCAUCUUGCCCCCGGUGCCGUAUGCGAACGAGAUCCGCAACCACGAGGACCUCAGCUUCGACCGCGUGCUUGACAAGAACUUCCAUGCCCACUUGCCAGGUUUCGAGCCAUUGCGCGAGACCAACCCCCACAAGCAAGUCUUGAAGCAGGUCAUCCGAACGAGACUGACGCAGUUCCUUGCUAAGUUGACGGCUCCCAUGACCGACGAGACGACGAGAGCCCUCACUGAUAUCAUUGGCGACGAGCAAGAAUGGAAGCGCGUCGUGAUCAAGGAGAACAUGGUCAAGAUCGUCGCCCGUGUCUCGACCCGCAUCUUCGGCGGCGAGGACCUCGCCCGCAACGAGAAAUGGCUCAAGAUCACCUCCGAGUACGCCCGCACCAGUUUCUUCGCCUCCGAGCUCCUCCGCAUGUUCCCCAAGUCCCUCAGAGCCAUCGUCCACCAGCUGAACCCCAUCAGCUGGAAGCUCAUGGGCCAGGUCAGGGACGCCCGCCGCAUCAUCAACCCCAUCGUGGAGAAGCGCAGGCAAGAGAAGAAGGCCGCCGAGGAUGCCGACGAGGAAGAGCCCGAGUACAACGACUGUCUUGAGUGGUGCGAGGAGGCAUCCGAGGAUACCGUCGCCGAUCCCGCCGUCAUGCAGCUCGGUCUGUCUUUCGCCGCUAUCCACACCACCGCCGAUAUGGUCACUCAGGCCAUGAUCGACCUCGCCCGCAACCCCGAAUACUUCGAGCCUCUUCGCAAGGAGAUUGGCGACUGCCUCCGUACCGAUGGAUGGGCUAAGCUCGGCCUCUACAAGAUGAAAGUGCUCGACUCUGUCUGCAAGGAGGUCCAAAGAAUGAACCCCAUCAGUCUUGCUGCCAUGCACCGCGAGGCAACCAAGCCCGUCAAGCUCUCCAACGGAAUCGAGCUUCCCGAGGGAGCCCGUAUCACCGUCAGCUGCCAACAGAUGUGGAACCCUCACGUCUACCCCGAUCCUCAACGCUUCGACGGCUACCGCUACCUCCGCCUGCGCGAGAGACUCGGAGCCGGCAAGGAGGGCGCCGCCCACUUCGUCAGCACCUCGCCGGAGCACCUCGGCUUCGGCCACGGCCAGCACGCGUGCCCCGGCCGCUUCUUCGCGGCCAACGAAAUCAAGAUCAUCCUCUGCCACAUGCUGAUGAAAUACGACUGGCGGCUGGCACCCGAUUGCAAGCCGAGGACCAACACCUUUGGUCUCACCAAUGAGGUGGACCGCAAGGCCAUGAUCGAGAUCCGGCGGAGGGAUGUGGAGGUGGAGGUGAAGGCGUAA